GGACGGGGGCAGUAACAAAGUUCCAACUUGAGAAAAUAACAAUUCUAUAUAUAUAAAAAAAAAGGAAGGUUGCAGUUGCAUAACAGUGUACUUAAAUGAGUUAGUUGUCAUUUUUCUUCACAUGUGGACGUGGUCUUAGUCUUAGUAAAACGAAGUCCAUUUCAAGCAAACCCAAAAAGGCAUAUAUUCGCUACUGCACUCUGCUUCGCCCACCAACUGUUCGAUGAAAAUCCCAGACCAACAGAUGCAGUACAAGAACCUCGGUCGAUCCGGGCUCAAGGUGUCGCAGCUCUCCUACGGUGCCUGGGUCACCUUCGGCAACCAGCUCGACGUCAAGGAGGCCAAAUCCAUCCUCCAGUGCUGCCGCGACAACGGCGUCAACUUCUUCGACAACGCCGAGGUCUACGCCAAUGGCCGCGCCGAGGAGAUCAUGGGCCAGGCCAUCAAGGAGCUGGGAUGGAAGCGCUCCGACGUCGUCAUCUCCACCAAGAUCUUCUGGGGCGGCCCCGGCCCCAACGACAAGGGCCUCUCAAGGAAGCACAUCAUCGAGGGCACGAGGAACUGCCUGAAGAGGUUGGACAUGGACUACGUGGAUCUCAUCUACUGCCACCGCCCCGACCUCUACACGCCCAUCGAGGAGACGGUGAGGGCCAUGAAUUAUGUGAUUGAUAAGGGCUGGUAUUAUUGGGGGACCAGCGAGUGGUCGGCGCAGCAGAUCACCGAGGCGUGGGGCGUCGCCGAGAGGCUGGGUCUCGUGGGGCCCAUCGUCGAGCAGCCUGAGUAUAAUCUCUUCUCCAGGCAUAAGGUUGAGGCUGAGUUUCUUCCUCUGUAUACUAACUAUGGUAUCGGCCUCACGACGUGGAGUCCACUCGCGUCUGGAGUUCUGACCGGCAAGUAUAAAUCGGGAAGCAUCCCCCCGGAUAGUAGGUUUGCCUUGGAAAACUAUAAGAAUCUUGCCAGCAGAUCCUUGGUAGAUGAUGUGCUGAGGAAAGUAGAUGGCUUAAGACCGAUUGCAGAUGAGCUUGGCGUGCCAUUGUCUCAGCUAGCAAUUGCUUGGUGUGCUUCGAAUCCCAAUGUCUCAUCAGUUAUCACGGGUGCCACCAAGGAGUCCCAGAUUGAAGAGAACAUGAAGGCUAUCAAUGUUAUUCCGUUGCUUACGCCUGCUGUGAUGGAGAAGAUCGAGGCUGUCGUUCAAAGCAAACCUAAGCGCCCCGACUCAUACCGGUAGAUACGUGCUUCCCAUCUAUCUCUUGUGUGUGUUUCUCUGUUGCAGCACCUCAUGUGCUCGUCGUUCUGUUUGCCUGUUGUUCCAUAUAUAUAUUGACACAUGCUCGAUAUUUUUGAGCUUUUUUGUCUUGUAUACGUACUUGAGUUUUUACUAUGAUUAUUUGUUGGGAUGAGUUUCUUAACAUCAUCUCGUGACUGAUAUUCUGAUAUGGCAUUUUCAUCAUCACAUUCUAUCUUACAGAAAUUAUUUCA